AUGGCGAACGCAGUCUUCGACCCCUCAGAUCCUACUUCACCACUGUCAGUCUCACCGCAUGAGACUGCCCUGCUGCUCAUGGACUAUCAGAACAUGCUUCGGGGACGGGUUGGAGAGGGAGCCUGGGCCAGUGUCACCAAUAUCGCUUCUUGCUUACGGGAUUGGGCGCUCGAGACGAACAUAACCGUCUUCCACUGCCUCGUCGAUACUUCCCCGGGCACCAAACCUCCUGGGUAUAGCAGAACUGCAACUAGAUGGAAGGCGUACGAGGCCGCUUUCGCAGCCACACCCGAGCUCGGUCGCGAAUCAGAGCUGCUCGCAGUUCGGGGUCCUUCCAAGGUGGAGGCGACUUUUGUGAGAAUACCGGGGUAUAUCUCUGCGCUGGAGUCGCAUGGACUUGCUGAGGUCCUGAGGGCAACAGGGAUCAGGUCCCUCAUUCUCGGGGGCAUCAGUACUUCAGGCUGUGUUUUAAGCACUGCCCGUGCGGCGACGGAUCGUGGCUUCAUCGUGACGGUGGCGGAAGACGCUUGCUUUGAUCCAGUUCCUGGCCUCCAUGGUAUGCUGGCUACACAUGUUCUACCCACGAGUGCACACGUUGCAACCUCGCGAGAAAUCCGUGAUGCCUGGAGAGUCUUGUGA